AUGGACACCCUAGCGUCUUGUGGGGAAGCCAAGCAUCUUCUUGACAAUGGCUUCAAGAUUAGUCUAUCUAAUGCGAACAACAAAAGCCUUUUCCUGACUUUGAUGGGACCAUGGUGGUUUGCUCAAUUUGAUCCAGUUUCUGAAGUUUCUCAGGCAGCAAAAAGGUCUUUGCAGGCAGCCUUUCCAGCACAGGAAAAGAGACUUGAUGCUUUGAUUUUAUGCACAACAGAGAUAUUUAUGUAUUUAGAAGAAAACCUAAAGCUCACACCGCAAAAUUUGUCUGACAAAGCUGUAGCUUCAGAUGAGUUAGAUGAGAUAUAUCAGCAGGUGAUAUCAUCAACGUUGUUAGCAUUGGCCACACUUCUUGAUGUUUUAAUUUGUUUACAACAAGAACGACCUGGUUUUGAGAGCAUAACUACUGAACCUAAACAUGCUUCGAAGGCUAGGGUAGCUGCCAUUGCUUUUACUGAGAAGCUGUUCAAAGAUCAUAAAUACUUUCUUGACUUUUUGAGGUCACCAAGGCCUACCAUUCGAUCAGCUACUUAUAGUGUAUUGAAGAGCUUAAUAAAAAAUAUACCUCAGGCUAUUAAUGAUGGAAAUAUAAAAACUGUUGCUGGUGCAAUUCUUGGUGCUUUCAAUGAGAAGGAUCCUACUUGUCAUCCCUCAAUGUGGGAUGUAAUAUUACUUUUCUUUAGAAAAUUCCCAGAUGGUUGGUCUUCCUUAAACAUUCAAAAAGGCAUACUGAAUCCAUUUUGGAAUUUUCUUAGGAAUGGUUGCUUCGGUUCCCAGCAGGUUUCAUAUCCAGCUUUGGUUUUAUUCUUAGACAAUGUGCCACCUAAAUCUGUCGGAGGGGUUAAGUUUUUUCUUGAAUUUUUCAAGAACUUGUGGAUUGGAAGGAGAAUUUCUCUAUCUACAGAGAGACCAGCAUUUUUCCAGGCACUGAGAGAAUGUUUUCUUUGGUCAUUGAAAAAUGCUUCAAGAUAUGCUAAUGGAGGAGACUCAAUCAGUCAUUUCCGAGUCACUCUUGUUGAUAAUGUCCUUGUAAAUCUUUUCUGGAGGGAUUUCCUUACAUCUGGAAGCUCAAAAGCUAAUGAAAUAAUAAAGUCAGGAAAAGCAACAGCUUCAUCCGAGGAAAAUGUUUCUCAAAACAAGAAAGUGGAUAUGCUGAAUACAAAGUAUCCAAUGUCCUAUUUUCAAGAGUUGGGGAAGUGCUUUGUUGAAAUCCUUUUAGGUGUUUAUAUGUUGGAUAACAAUGUUCUAUCUGUUUUUAUUGAGGAACUUGAGGAUAAUUGUUUGGGUGCUCUUCAACAAGCAGUUAAUGUGGACAUUGUUGAACGAAUCAUUUUGUUCAUGUUUUUGCUGGAGAAACAUGCUGUGCUGAAAGGUGCAAUUUGGCCUCUGGCUUAUAUUGUGGGACCAAUGUUAGCCAAGUCUUUCUCACUCAUUAGAUCAUCUGAUUCACCAUAUACUGUGAGACUUCUGUCAGUUGCUAUUUCAAUAUUUGGACCACAGAUGAUCGUCCAAGAAGUUUUUAUGAAAAAUAAAGGGCAUUAUACUAGUCAGGUUCCAAAUGAUGGGGAUGAAACACAGGAAAUUGAAGACUUUAUGCAAAUAUUCAAGAAUACAUUUGUACCUUGGUGCCUACAGUCAAAUAGUUGCUCAACCAGUGCUAGGCUAGAUUUGUUGUUGGCACUGCUGGAUGAUGAGUAUUUCUCAGAACAAUGGUCCUUCAUCGUCAACUAUGUGAUUGGCCAAAGUAAUUCUGAGUUCCAACCAAGGUUGCUGGAUGCUGACCAUGCAGCAACAUUGGCCAUGCUCCUGGAAAAAGCAAGAGAACAGAAUAUGAAGAGGAAGGUCAAAGAUGAUUCCAGUCAAAGAAGACAAGGCAGUAAUGCCGAAGAUUGGCAUCAUCAAUAUCUUGAAUCAUCUGCUAUUGCUGUUUCUCAAUCUCUGCCUCCUUUCAGCACUUCUCAUGUGCAGUUUAUAUGCGGGGGUACUGGAUGUGAAAUAAAAUGCGCGGUGAUUCAUGUUGCUAGUUGGUUUGACUUUGACAUGGAUAAUAUGCAUCUGAAGCUGUUAAGGCUUAUGGGGACAAGGGGCAUUUGUAGCUGCUCUCUUCUUGGUGGUUUAACAGAAGGAAUAUCAUCUUUUCUGUCCAGAAAUGCAUUGAUUCUCAUCUAUGAGCAGAUUUUCGGGAAGUUACUAAGUUUUGUUCAGGUUUCACCUUUCUUUUGGGUACAGAAUGCAGCUUCUAUGUUAAGCAAUGAUGAAAAAAUCUGUGUAGAAUUUGAUAGUUCUUUCAACACUGUUGAGAUAGCUCAAUUUGCUCUUGAGAUACUUCAUGGUAGUUUCUUUAGCCUGAAGACUCUUGAUGGGAAAAGUGGACUUGUAUCAGGAAUUUUAUCUGCAAUUUUUCUCAUUGAUUGGGAGUGCAAUUUAAGCAAAGCUCUGGAUGAUUCACUUGAUGAAAUUUCAAUGACAAAAAUCAAGCCCAGGCUAACAAUUGGUGAAUAUAUUUGUGCUUUCCAUAACACGAUAAAUGUUCAAUUUUUGAAGAGCCUUUGCUCAGAUAGCCGCAAGAGAUUGUCAAAUAUCUUAGUUCAGUCAAUAAGAUUUGCAAUAUUUGCUGAAGACAAACUUAUUAAUGACAAAAUUGCACCACUAUGCUGCACGUGGGUGCUUGAAGUUCUUGAGCAUGUCUGUGUGGAUGAAAAUGAAGAACAAAGUUUGCUACAUUAUCUGCUCAGUAAGGAUGAAUUGUGGCCUGUGUUUGUUGCUCGAAAUUUCAGCUUGACAAAGGCUUCAGGACACCAGAAGUUUGUAGCUUUAAUUGACAAAUUAAUCUCAAAAAUUGGUAUCAACAGAGUUAUUACUGGGUGUGGAGUUCCUAUUCCAUCUUUGCCUGGAAAAGAUCAAGAGCUUGCAUCUUCUGCGUGGUUAGCUGCCGAAAUCCUGUGCACUUGGAGAUGGCCUGGAGGCAGUGCUGUAUCUUCUUUCUGGCCUUCAUUCUGUGCUUAUGCCAGGGGAAGUAAUUCUCUCCAGGAAAGCCUGUUAGAUGAAACAUUAAGAAUCCUGCUUGAUGGUUCCCUUGUUUAUGGAGGCACUGGCACGAAGAGUUCUGUUAGUAUGUGGCCAGUUCCAGCUGAUGAAGUGGAAGGUGUUGAAGAACCAUUCUUAAGAGCACUUGUUUCGUUUCUGUCCACUUUGUUCAAAGAGAAAAUAUGGGGCCCAGCGAAAGCAUCCAAUCUGAUAGAACUUCUUGUGGAUAAACUUUUUAUUGGUGAAGCAGUUAGUACUAAUUGUCUUAAGAUUCUACCUUUGCUUAUAAAUAUACUUCUAGAAUCAUUUUAUGGGUAUUUGGAGCCUGGUACUGGUGUCCAUCAUUGUUCUUUAGAAGAAAAAUUUGUGCAAAAUACUAUGAUAGACUGGCUAGAGAGGACCCUAAGUUUUCCACCUUUGGUCACAUGGAAAACAGGAGAAGACUUGGAAGAUUGGCUUCAGUUGGUUAUUGCCUGUUAUCCUUUUAGCUCAGUCGGUGGUCCGCAAGCAAUAAAGCCAGCAAGAAGUAUCAGCUCUGAUGAGAGGAAACUUCUCUAUCAAUUAUUCCAGAAGCAAAGGCAUGUUGCUAGUGGAUCAGCUAUGUUCAACCAGCUUACAGUGGUGCAGAUGCUUCUAUCAAAACUUAUGAUUGUUUCAGUAGGUUAUUGCUGGAAUGAUUUCAGUAAAGAAGAUUGGGACUUUUUAUUAUGUAACCUAAGGUGUUGGAUUCAAUCAGCAGUUGUCAUGAUGGAGGACGUAGCUGAAAAUAUAAAUGGUCUUGUUGAUAGUUCAUCUGAUAAUUUAAAUAUGAUGUGUCAGAAAAUUAAGGAAAUUGUUUUGAUUUCAGAUCCUUUUCCCAUAAAGAUUUCUGAAAAUGCCCUUUUGUCUUUCUUGCUUCUCCUUAAGCAUUCUAAACUAAAACAAGAUGAAGUGUUUAAAUCAGAAAAAUUGGAUUCUGUUAAAGGUCGAAUUCUAGAAGGUGUCCUCCGCCUACUAUUUUGUACUGGCAUUUCUGAGGCUAUUGCAACUGCAUGCUAUAACGAAGCUGCCUCAGUUAUUGCAUUAUCACGGGUUGAAUAUACACACUUCUGGAAUUUGGUAGCUGCUGGAGUUGUUAAUUCCUCAUCACAAUGUAGAGAUAAAGCAGUGAAAUCAGUUGAAUUUUGGGGACUAAGGAAAGGAUCUAUUAGCUCUUUGUAUGCUAUACUUUUUACUUCCAAGCCAAUUCCUUUAUUGCAGUUUGCUGCAUAUUUUGUUCUUUCAAAUGAGCCUGUUUUAAGCAUUGCUGUACUUGAAGAUAAUGCUUGCAACUCAAACAUAUAUGCUGCUAGUGAUGAUGAUACCUGUCGUCAUGACAUGUCAAUAGAAGAAAAAGUACAUCUGAAAAAGGAAAUAUCUUUCAUGGUAGAAAGGGCACCUCAUGAGGUUCUAGGAACAGACUCUCUUUCACAUCGAGUAAAUCUCUUCCUUGCUUGGUCUUUGUUGAUAUCACAUCUACAGUCAUUACCUUCAUCAUCAUCUCAGAGGGAGAGACUGAUCCAGUACAUACAAGACUCUGCUACUCCAGUUAUUUUGGAUUGCCUCUUUCAGCAUAUUCCUUUAGAGAUUUCCACAGUUCAGAGUCUAAAGAAGAAAGAUGCAGAGCUUGCGGGUGGCUUAUCAGAAGCUGCAAGUGCUGCAACCUGUGCUACUACAACCGGUUCACUCAUGUUUGCUGUGGAAUCUCUUUGGCCUGUUGAACUGGAGAAAAUUUCAUCACUAGCUGGUGCAAUAUAUGGUUUGAUGCUCCAGGUUCUUCCAGCUUAUGUACGUGGAUGGUUUAGUGACUUGCGUGACCGUAACACUUCAGCUGUCAUUGAAUCCUUUACAAGGACAUGUUGCAGCCCUCCUCUCAUUGCAAAUGAAUUGUCUCAGAUCAAGAAAGCCAAUUUUCGUGAUGAGAAUUUUUCAGUAAGUGUAAGCAAAUCAGCGAAUGAGAUUGUUGCUACUUACACUAAGGAUGAAACGGGAAUGGAUCUAGUCAUUCGUCUACCUGCAUCUUAUCCACUAAGGCCAGUAGAUGUUGAUUGUACAAGGAGUCUAGGUAUUAGUGAGACCAAGCAAAGGAAAUGGUUGAUGUCAAUGAUGCUAUUUGGUCGUAAUCAGAAUGGGGCUUUAGCAGAAGCUAUAGGAAUUUGGAAGCGCAAUUUCGAUAAAGAAUUUGAAGGUGUUGAGGAGUGCCCAAUCUGCUACAGUUCGAAGCCCUAUAGCUGUCAAGUAAAUGGCAGGCUUAUUUCCCUUGUUCCAUCUCAACUUGGUUCUGAACUAGUCAGCAACUGA